CCUUUUUCUUACUUUGCUGGUUGCUCAUACAAUUUUCUCUUUUAUUUUUGUUUGGCAUAUAUGAAUUUUGUUAAUGUUUCAGGUCAAUGAGGGCGCCGUGUGAUCUUGGUGAAAUGUCAAUGAAAACCUUAUUAUUUGCGUCAAAGAGGAAGCUUAUUGCCUUGUCAGCCUUUUGUUUUUGCUUACAUUCUUCAAGGUAUUUCCCAGCACUUGCUUUGGGUGAUCCAUCUGUCAAAAUUGAGGAUGUGACUCCUAUGAUUUUUCCAUCUGGUCCGCUAUUUCCAACUGAGAAACGGAUCGCAGAGCUUUUUGAAACAAAUACUUACUCAGUUGUCAACAUUUAUUCAACACUGCGUCCACAGCUUAACAUAACUAGUGUUGUUGAGAUCCCUGAAGGAAAUGGUUCUGGUGUAGUUUGGGAUGAUUCUGGACAAAUUGUUACAAAUUAUCAUGUGGCUGGCAGUGCUCUUUCAAAAAAUCCGAAGCCUGGUGAAGUUGUUGCACGUGUCAACAUUCUUGCUGCCGAAGGGAUACAGAAAUUUUUUGAAGGCAAGUUAGUUGGUGCAGACCGUGCUAAAGAUCUUGCUGUUCUUAAGGUCGAUGCUCCUAAAGAUCUCUUGAAGGCAAUUAAUGUGGGACAAUCUUCAGCUCUAAGAGUUGGUCAGCAAUGCUUAGCAAUUGGAAAUCCUUUUGGUUUUGACCAUACUCUAACUGUCGGUGUUAUCAGUGGUUUAGAUCGAGAUAUUUUUAGUCAAGCUGGAGUGACAAUUGGAGGUGGAAUUCAAACAGAUGCAGCUAUUAACCCUGGUAACAGUGGUGGUCCUUUGCUAGAUUCGAAGGGGCAUAUGAUUGGUAUUAAUACAGCAAUUUUCACACUGACAGGAACGCCUGCAGGUGUUGGCUUCGCCAUCCCAUCAUCAGCUGUACUUAAAAUCACUCCUCAAUUAAUUCAGUUUGGAAAAGUUGGCUGUGCUGGCUUGAAUGUGGAAUUUGCUCCGGAUCCAAUUGCAUAUCAGCUCAAUGUUCGCAAUGGAGCUCUUAUACUGAAGGUUCCUGGGGGCAGUGCUGCAGCCAAAGCAGGUCUAGCUCCUACCGGCAGGGAUUUUGCUGGUAAUAUUGUUCUUGGUGAUACCAUUGUUGCAGUGGAUGGUAAACCUAUAAAAGGCAAACCUGACCUCCUGAGGGUUCUAGAUGACUAUGGUGUAGGAGAUCAGGCGACCCUGACAAUCCGGAGACGUGCUGAAACUCUUGAGGUAAUCUUAUCGCCAGAAGAGGAGAGCAUUUGAUGUGUUUCUGAAGCUCACGUCUCCAAUCUAUCGCAGUGUAAGUUUGCAGCAUUGGCCAAGGUGGCCACGCGUCCAGUCGAAGCUAUUUCUUUAAAAAAGAGUCGAUUCAGAGCCCUUUUUCGCCAUGGAUGAUGUUCACUUUAUAUAUAUAGUAUAUGAGAGCUUCACUUUCCCGUGUUUAUUUUAUCUAAGAUU